AUGGCUGUCUCCGCACCUCCGGUGAUUUCUGCAACUUCCAGCAGCGCCGGCGUCCCGGGGGGUUUAUUCCGGGCUGAACCCCUGUAUUCGUCUCCAGGAGAGCCCCCUCGUCUAACCCCUAAUAUGAUCAACAGUUUCAUGGCCAAUAACCACAACGGCAGUGUCGUGGGUGGUGGGAUUGGUGGUGGUAGCGGUGGCAGCAACACCAACACAAACGAGUGCCGGAUGGUCGACAUGCACGGGGUGAAGGUAGCUUCAUUCCUGAUGGACGGCCAGGAACUGAUCUGCCUGCCGCAAGUCUUUGACCUUUUCCUCAAGCACCUGGUGGGAGGGUUGCACACAGUGUACACUAAGCUGAAGAGACUGGACAUAUCUCCGGUGGUGUGCACUGUGGAGCAAGUUCGAAUCCUCCGCGGGCUGGGGGCCAUCCAGCCGGGGGUGAAUCGUUGCAAGCUCAUCACCAGGAAAGACUUUGAAACUUUGUUCACGGAUUGCACCAAUGCCAGAAGGAAGAGGCAAAUGACAAGGAAACAAGCUGUUAACAGUUCAAGGCCUGGGAGGCCCCCUAAGCGUUCUUUGGGAGUGUUGCAAGAUAAUGCCAGACUUCUGUCCCAUGCAGUCCCAGGCCUCUUAUCACCAGGACUGAUCACUCCAACAGGUAUAACAGCGGCAGCGAUGGCUGAGGCAGUGAAGCUCCAGAAGAUGAAGCUCAUGGCAAUGAACACUCUUCAGGGGAAUGGAAGCCAAAAUGGGGCUGAGUCAGAGCCAGAUGACCUCAACUCUACCGCAGGUGGAAGUGAAUCCUCCUGGGAUAAAGAUAAGAUACAAUCUCCACUUGCUGCUCCUGGACCUCAACAUGGAAUUGCUCAUGCAGCACUUGCUGGCCAGGCAGGCCUUGGUGGUACUCCUACCCUUAAUCCACUCCAACAGAAUCACUUGCUAAGCAAUCGUCUGGAUCUCCCAUUUAUGAUGAUGCCUCAUCCCCUACUUCCAGUCAGCUUACCUCCUGCAUCAGUUGCCAUGGCAAUGAAUCAGAUGAAUCAUCUCAAUACUAUUGCCAACAUGGCUGCUGCAGCUCAGAUUCACAGUCCACUCUCCAGAGCUGGUGCCUCUGUUAUAAAGGAACGGAUCCCAGAGAGUCCUUCUCCUGCUCCCUCUCUGGAAGAGAGUCAUCGCCCUGGGAGCCAGACCUCCUCCCACCCAAGUAGCAGUGUGUCCAGCUCUCCCUCACAAAUGGAUCACCAUUCAGAGAGAAUGGUUAUGAUGCCCAACAAUAGAGAAGAACUUAUUGUUGACCAAGAUAAUGGACAAAGUAUAAAAAAAUUCCAGAGGGAUAAUAAAGAAGAAGUACCAACUCAAAUCCCAAUGAUGAAGUCACCCUUGGACAAGAUCCAGUUGGCUCCUGGACAUGCAUUGCCCCCUGGAUUCCCUGGACCAUUCAUUUUUGCUGAUAGUCUGUCUUCUGUGGAGACUCUGUUGACCAACAUUCAGGGUCUACUGAAAGUGGCUUUGGAUAAUGCUCGCAUCCAGGAGAAGCAGAUUCAACAAGAAAAGAAGGAACUGCGAAUAGAGCUCUUCAGAGAAAGAGAAAUUAGAGAAAACCUGGAGAGACAACUUGCAGUUGAACUUCAAAGCAGAAGCACAAUGCAAAAGCGUCUGAAAAAGGAGAAAAAAGCUAAGAGAAAACUUCAGGAAGCCUUGGAAUUUGAAUCAAAGCGCCGAGAGCAAGUGGAGCAGGCACUUAAACAAGCUACAUCUGGUGACAGUGGUCUGAGAAUGUUGAAAGAUUCUGGAAUUCCAGAUAUUGAAAUAGAAAACAGUGGAACGCCUCAUGACAGUGCUGCUAUGCAAGGUACUACAAACAACACUCUCCUUCCUAUAAGCAUGUAA